AUGGACCGCUUACUAUAUUUGCUACUGCCGCUGCUGGUACUGCUGCUGCUGCUGCUGCUUCUGUCCUUGCAGGAAGCUGUGGCAGCUGCACAGGCUGCCCUUAAGAUAGCAUGGGCUGAAGUGGAGGAGGAGUUUGCGCGUGUGAAUGCGCGGCUCCCCGUAAACGCGCCCAGCCUCAAGGGUGAGCCGCCGACGGUCAGCGAGGUGCACGGCGCGGUGGAGGUGGUGGUUCCCAUACGGGAGGGUGCCGACGCCAAUGCUGUGUUGCGGGAGCUACGACAAGGUCUGGGAGGGCGCGGGAGCACCAGCUAUAGCGAGUCGGUGUACGGUGCUGCCCGUACAGUACGGAUGGAGAUACGGCAAUCUGAUGGCACGCUGCGUGUUAUGAUGUUCGUUCCUCCGCGGGGUGGCAGCGAGCAGGCACAGGUGGUGGUUUCUAAGCGCGGUUCCUUCAGCGCUGAGGAGCUGGCAGCACUGGGUCGUGUGGUGGUGGCGGCCAAUGUGACAUUCGGAUUGGACCAGCCGCCUAGGAGCACCAGUGCGCAGCGCCACGGCCUGUACGGCAGCAUGGAUUCGGAUGCGAACGCCCGGGCCAUGGAGUCCCUGUUUGAGGAGUUUGCCCGCAGCGCCCUGCACGGCUUCAUGGUGGGGCCCAUGCAGCAAAUAUUCGGGGAGCUGCAGCGGGGCAUGGGCCUACCGCCCGAUAUGCGGCACCGACCUAGGGGUCCCGGCGGCGGUGGCGGUACGAGUGCACAAGGCUACGACUGGGGUAGCCCCGCGGCCGCGCGCGCUGUGGAGCAGUUGCUAGCUAUGGGUGCCCAGGUGUUCCCUCCUGGUAACAAGGACAAGAUGGACUGGGGUGUACUCGCAGGCUACGAGGAACAGAAACGGACCAUCGAGGACUGUUUGCUGCUACCGCUGCUGCGCCCGGACGUGUACGCCAAACUGGCCCGGGCCACAAGGAAGACCUUCGCCAACAACCGCCCGCGGGCUGUGCUGUUCGAGGGACCCCCGGGCACGGGCAAGACGACCAGCGCCCGCGUAAUCAGCAGCCAGGCUGCCGUACCGCUAAUAUAUCUGCCGCUGGAAGCCGUAUUGUCUAAAUGGUACGGCCAGAGCGAGCAGCAGUUGGGUGCCGUAUUCAAGGCGGCGGAGGCGAUGGGAGGUGCCAUCAUCUUCUUGGACGAGCUGGACGCUCUGGGUGGGAACCGAGAGGCUGGGGGCUUGCACGAAGUGAGCCGGCGGCUGCUGUCCGUGCUGCUCCGGGAGAUGGAGGGCUUCGACGCGGAGACGAAGCGCACCGUCGUCAUCGGCGCCACCAACCGCAAGACCGACUUAGAUCCUGCACUGCUGUCCAGGUUCGACCUGGUCAUCACAUUUGGACUUCCGGACACGGCAUGCAGGCAGCUGAUUCUCCGGCAGUACGCCCAACAGCUCAGUGACUCUGAGGUGGUUCAGCUGGCGGAGCGGACUGGGGGCAUGAGCGGCCGGGACCUUAGGGACGUGUGCGAGCACACGGAGAGGAGAUGGGCGUCCAAGAUCAUCCGGGGGGAGGUAAGGGAGGAGGAUCUGCCGCCGCUGGCGGAGUACUUGGCGUCAGCAGACGAGCGGGCCACUGCUGUACAACGUGUACAGCAACAGGCAACCGCUGCGGGCGCACUCAACCGACUUCUUGGUGCGACGGGUGCCGCGGGCGGCCGGGGCUUGCCGUCCUGGCUGACUGGCGGCGGCCAGCAGUAG